UUAGCAUUACUUUCAAUUAUUACCCUUAAAUACUAUCCAAUUUUAGUCAAUAACUUCUUUACGUGAUAAUUCACAAACAGUUUUAAACCAGUGCCUUAAAGUUGAGAAGAAUAAAGUUUGAAAUAACCUCUGAAACAGCAUGUCUUCUUCCGAAAAGUUAAAGGAUGUCGGGAAACUAUGUAUUCCUGGCAUGCGACUCAGUGCAUCGAAUAAAGAAUUUGUCGCCGGACCUGGAACUUACGAACUUAGAGGUUAUAUUUAUGCAACUUUGUGUGGCACUCUCAAAACAGAGCUGGAUGAAAAUCAGGUGACCAUAGUAUCAGUGGAAAGCCCAAGGACACCAAGUAUUCUGCCUAGGACAGGUGACAUAGUGACCGCAAAGGUCACAGUAGUGAAUCGUUUAGUCCAAUGUGUCAUACUUUGUGUUGGGUCUUCAGUCCUGGCGAGGCCAUACAGAGGCAUUUUGAAGAAGGAAGACAUUAAAGCUACAGAGAAAGAUAGAGUGGACCCAUACAAAUGUUACAGACCUGGUGAUGUGAUAUUGGCUAGAGUUCUUCCUAUGACAGAAAUCCACUGGUAUCACGUAUCAACAGCUGAAAACGAGCUAGGAGUUGUCAUAGCCACAGCAGAGGGCUCUCAAGGAAUCAGUAUGGUACCAAUAAGCUGGUCAGAAAUGCAGUGCCCUAAAACACUAGUGAAAGAACCUAGAAAAGUGGCUAGAGUUAUUCCAGAGAAUAUUAAUCAAGCACUGUUUCCAGUCAAGGAUAACGCAACUAGUGAAUUAGAAAUUGAUAAAGAUAAAUAAUAAAUGAAUAAUCGUUGUUA